AUGGAGCCUCGGCCCUCUCCCCGUGGACUCAGCGUGCCACAUCAGAUCCAGCUGCAUUAUCAGCAUCACAGAGCUAUGAUGAUACGCGACACCGUCCAGGAGGCCACAGUUCCCUCUUGCGGGGACUGUGCUUCCUUGUCAGCUCUACCACCUCUAGUGUGCCUGCAUCUACAAGGAGAGGAGCUCAGUCCGCCUGCCCCCGCCCCAAAACUUCGGAGCGGGCGGGCAGCAGGCCAGGGAGAUGGCCGAGGCCCGAGUGAAUUAGGGCUUACGCCCUCGGGGAAGGAAGCGGUGGGCGGCGCGGCUGGCGAGGUCAGGGGCCCGGAACGGCCAAGCGAGGGCGAAGAGGAGGCCUGCGCCGCGGAGCCCAGGAGCCACAAAGAGGCCCAGGCUCCCUAG